AUGAGUUCCAUGAUGUUGCGGAAUCCGGUGAAGAUGCGAGGUGUGGAGGUUUACAAGGAUGGCUGGCUUGCUCGCAUUCAGAUUCGCGGUACUCGCUGCCGCUUUGGCAUGUUCGCGAACCAGCAAGAGGCGGCACGAGUGUACGAUAGGCUGUCGUACAAGCUUCACGGAGCGAGAGCCGUCACAAACAGCUCGAUUGACGAGGACACGAAAGCCGAGAUCGAAUCCUCCUCCCUCGAAUCAAUGCUAGCCAUCGUUCCCGCCAUAGAUCCGCAUCCACUCUACGAAUCUGCGUGGCAGGCAGAGGGUGGCGAAGAGGAGGAGGAGGCGGCGGAGCAAUCCAUGAGCUACGACAGCGAUACGACCGCUCCCUCGCCCGAUAGGAUCAGAUCCGACAGAAUCAGAUCCGAUAGGAUCAAUGCUGCUGACGCCGCCCUUCCGGAGUUGCUAGUGGAGGCCGAGAGCCGUAGGCGUGUAAGCAGCAGUAGCGAGCCGUGGGCGUCGCCGUGUUCUCAGGGAUCUGGGAGGAUCUCGCGGUCCGAGGAUUCCUCCUGCGCGUGCUGCGAUACAAGGGAAUGCACUAACGCGUACAAGAGCGGAUCUCACCAAGAUCCCGCGGCUUGCGAGUGGGAUCGUCCUUCUAGGAGAUACCACGGUGCGGCCUCGUCCAACUCGGGGAGUGUACUCGGUAUAACCGGCUCCGAUUCGGGCAGCGACGAGGUUAACUGGAGCAGCGGCAGCGUGAAAAGGUCCGGCGACGGGGACUGCAACGAUGGCGGUGAUGGCGAUGGCGAGUGCCCCGGGAUGUUGGUGUUCACCGUGCGGAAGAAGCGGCGGAUGCGAUCUCGACCGCACACGUGGAGCAACGCCUCUCCGAUCAACGGCUCUCCGAUUAAGGCGUCUCCCAGCAGUGGUUUGGAACGGAUGGGGGGGACCAUAUCUCACGAGACAGUUCGGACCGGAACUGAGAUUUUGCGUGGGGCAGAGGUUUGGAGUGAGGCAAGGGCGGAGCUUCCGAGGCAGGUGAAGGCGGAGCCAUCAGCGUCGGCGGCUAUGGAUUACGAACGCGACACGCACGGGCGCUGCGACGGCGACUCAGUGGAGUUCGAUCCCGCGUAUUGCUGGAAGAUCAGAGCGGAGCCCUCGUUCCCUGCGCGGCCGCGAGUCGCGGAAAGCACGCCUACAGCUGACCUCCAAGGCUCCAGCAGCAGCGCAACUGUAGGAGUGGCCGUGGCUCUCUCCAGUUGUACUCGUUUUGAGCCGCCUCGUUACACGCCUGGCAGCAGCACCGCUGUAGCAGUGAGAGAUAUCGAGGAGGUGAACCGCGGCAGCACUGCUGUAGAGCUUCGGCCGCCCACUCCUCCCAUCCACCACCACAGCCAAGCCAACCCCAUCGCUCUCAACCUCUCCGCCGGUCCCUCUUCCCCUCUCACCUCCAGUGCUAUCAUCACAUACGAGGCGCUUCUAACUUCACAUUCCGCCUCCCUUCACCACUCAUCUGCUCCUAUAUUCCUCCUUCCUUCACCGCUCAUCUGCUCCUACCGGUAUAUUCCUCAGCUUCGGCCGCCCACUCCUCCCAUCCACCUCUACAGCCAGCCCCAUCUCUCUCAACCCCUCCAUCUGCGCCCCGCCUCUCACCUCCAGUGCUACUACCACGGGUGA